UUUUAAGCCUUAUUGACCAAAACAAAUUUAUAAACUCAAAAACUCUUCCUAGUUUCUCUCUGAAAUUUUGCAAUGAUUUCAAGCUCUAAAGAAAUAAUCCAUGAUUUCCCACCUUUCUUCAAAGUUUACAAAGAUGGCACCAUAGAGAGAUACAUAAUUGCAGACUAUGUUCCAACGGGUCUCGAUCCAACAACCGGAAUCCAAACCAAAGACGUCGUGAUUUCGCCAGAAACCGGCGUAAAAGUCCGGCUUUUCAUCACAAAAUUGGACGGCCCAAAUAAAAAGCUUCCAGUUGUGGUCCACUUCCACGGUGGUGGCUUUUCCAUUGGAUCAGCCUUUGACACACCAGCAAACAACUUUCUCAAGUUUUUGGUCUCUCAAGUUGAGAUUAUAGCCAUAUCCAUUGACUACCGGCUGGGCCCAGAAAACCUUCUUCCAAUUGCCUAUAAUGACUCAUGGGAGGGACUACAGUGGGUUGCUAGCCACUCCCUUGGGCUAGGUCCCGAGCCAUGGCUUAACGAAUAUGCGGAUCUUGGACAAGUUUUCUUGGCAGGUGAGAGCGCCGGAGCUAAUAUAGCCCAUCACGUGGCAAUCCGAGCUGGCACUACUGGAUUGGUUGGUUCUAAAGUUAUCGGGGCCCUAAUAGUGCAUCCAUUCUUUGUAGGCAAAGAAGUUGAUGAAAUGUACAAGUAUAUCUGUCCAACAAGUAGCGGAUGUGACGAUGACCCGAAAUUGAACCCGAGCGUGGAUCCGAAUUUGAAGAGUAUGGGGUGUGAUAAAGUGCUGGUGUUUGUUGCAGAGAAAGAUAGGCUUAGAAAUUUAGGUGUGGGCUACUACGAGAGUUUAGUCAACAGUGAGUGGCCUGGGAAAGUCGAAUUAUACGAGACUUUAGGGGAAGAUCAUUGCUUUCAUUUGUUUAAUCUCAACAGUGAGAAGGCCAGGGCCCUGAUGAAGAAAAUGGUUGAUUUCAUCACUCAAUAUUGAACACUCCAUAAUGUUCUUGUUGAGGAAAUAUAUAUGUUGUCCCGUCCCCUAAAUAUUAUUCGAGUGUUGUAACAAUAAAUAAUAAUGUCUUGUACCCAAUUUAAUUUUUGUAAAAUAAAUAUUAUUCAGCUUUGCAUUUGCCA